CAACGAGCUUCCAAACAUUGAAGUUCGUGUAGUUAUAUGAAACACAAGUAUGCAUAAAUAUGCGACCACUAAAGAUAAUUGUUAUUGGACCUGUUAGGAGUGGUAAAACAAUGAUAGCUAAUUUUCUAGCUGAUGCGACGGAAAUACCCUACGAUUAUUAUCCAACUCAAGGAGUUCGAAUAUUGGAAUUUGAAGUAAAUGAUAUAAAUGUGGAUAACAAAUAUAUUACGAAAGAUAUUGAAUUAUGGGAUUGCAGUGGAGAUCCUAAAUUUGAAAAUUGUUGGCCAGCUAUAAGGAAAGAUUUACAUGGCGUUAUAUUUGUGUAUAGCGAAAAAUCAAACGAUUGUUUAAAAGUAAUACAACAAUUAUAUGAUUAUUUUAUUGAUCAAAUAAAAUUAGGUCCAGAUCGUUGUGUAAUAUUUUGCUAUGACCCUGAGAAAAAAAAUCCUGAAAUAUCAAAAAUUAUUUCAUCAACAUUUGUGAAAGUGUCCCAUGUAAAAUGUAAUAUCGAAAGUGGUGGAAGCAAACUAAAAGCUGAUUUUUCUUCAUUCAUAAGUACAAUACUUGGUAAAAUGCACAAUUACAACGAACAAGAAGAUAAAAAUAUUUUAAGUAAUAAUAUAUUAUUUGCAAGGUAAUAUAAUACAAUAUUAUAUUAUUAUAUAAUAGUAUAACACAUUUUACAUGUAGGAUGAAUAAAUAACAGUUGUCAUAUGAAAUAUAUUUAUUAAUUUUAUAAAAGUAUUUCAUAUGAAAUAUAAAU